AAAAAAUCAAAGAGAAAUGUUGAGUAUGACUAAGAUAACAAUGAUGAUGGUUAUGAUGAUGGCUUUGGUACUACUAAUAGGCGUGAGAGCAAAGACUAUGACUGAGUCUGAGUGUAAAGGAACAGAUUGCAAGUUUGAUUGUAAAGGCCUGAACUGGGUGAAUGGAAUGUAUUGGAACCCAAGGAUGUGUUAUUAUGGUUGCUCUGGUCCUUGUGGUAGAGACCUCAACUGUCGCCAACGUUGUAAGAAGUGUUGUCAUUGGCAUACCCCUGGUGCAUCUUCAACUAUGAAUUGAGUGAUUUACAAUUGUAGAACUUUUGGUUUUAUCUCCCAUCUUUGUUUACUUUGAGAUACUUAAAUCUAAUAAAAUUAUCACUUUGUUUCA